AUGCAGAAGCCUAGUCAGAAAGAGCAUCUCUACAAGCUACUGGUGAUUGGGGACCUAGGUGUGGGCAAAACCAGCAUCAUCAAGCGCUACGUCCACCAGAACUUCUCCCCUCACUACCGGGCCACCAUUGGGGUGGACUUUGCCUUGAAGGUGCUCAACUGGGAUGCUGAGACGGUGGUACGGCUGCAGCUCUGGGAUAUUGCUGGUCAGGAAAGAUUUGGAAACAUGACAAGGGUCUAUUACAGAGAAGCCAUGGGAGCGUUUAUUGUCUUUGACGUUACAAGACCAGCGACGUUUGAAGCGGUGACAAAAUGGAAAGAGGAUCUGGACUCUAAGUUGAUUCUCCCGAAUGGCAAACCCGUGGCGACCGUUCUCUUAGCAAACAAAUGCGACCAGGGAAAAGAUGUGCUUACGAACAACGGUCUCAAGAUGGACCAGUUCUGCAAGGAGAAUGGGUUUGUGGGAUGGUUUGAAACAUCGGCUAAGGAAAACAUAAAUAUAGACGAAGCUUCCAGAUGCCUGGUGAAACACAUAAUUGCUAGUGAGAGUGAUCUAAUGCAGCCCAUUGAACCAGAUAUUAUAAAACCACACCUGAAUUCUUCUAAUAUUGUCAGUUGUUCAGCUUGCUUUAAAUCCUAAGGGACGCCCAGACUAUUCCUGGAUACUAGAGCUGAGCAAAUAGUUAACAAUGAAUAAUUUAUCCAAAAUACACAACCUGUUUUUCUGCUCACAGAAUAUCCAUGAGCAGACUGCAAUUUUCUCAAAUGUAUGUGUUUUUUAAAAUUAUUCAAUGAUUUUUUGACUCUUUGGAUUGAUUGUGAACAGUUCACUUUAAUAGUAACUAUUCAAAUUGUUUUGGUUAGUUGUGAUUGGUCAGAUAAGUCACACUGUGGUGUUC